AUGAGUGGAUCUGGAAAAGGACUACUCGGUUUGUGGUUGUAUAGAAACGGUUCUGAUUGGCAACUAAAGGAUGAAACUCAUCAUCCUAAGCUAGAGAAUACUCAUCACGUUCCUCAUCCUUAUGAAGGAGAGAGGAUUUCCGUAAUUUUUACACUAAAAAAUCAAGUGGGAGGGCUAGUAAAAGUUCUAUCGGUCUUCCAAGAUUUAGGAAUAAACGUACUUCAUAUCGAAUCUAGGAAAUCUAUGACGGAGAUCUCCGCAUCUGAUAUUUUGGUCGAUGUUGAAUGUGAUCCUCACAGAAUGGAGCAAUUGAAGCGAAUGCUUAAACGGGAAGUACAAGAAUUCGAAGUGGUUGCACCACAAAUGGGUGAGGACUUUGCACCCCCAACACCGCUUUCGGCAGCUGCUAGUUUUGAUUUUGGCGAAAUGCCUUGGUUUCCAAGAAAGAUUUCCGAUUUGGAUCGUGCUCAGAACGUCCUCAUGUAUGGUUCGGAAUUAGAUGCUGAUCAUCCAGGAUUCAAAGAUCCGAUCUACAGGAAACGUCGUGAGCACUUUGCUGCUAUUGCUAAUAGUUAUAAAUAUGGUCAACCAAUUCCAAGAGUACAGUACACGGAGACCGAGAUCAAAACAUGGGGCAUCGUUUUUCGCGAACUGCACAAGCUCUAUCAGAAACACGCCUGCGCUGAAUAUCUAGAAAAUUGGCCGCAACUUGUUAAAUAUUGCGGUUACAGGGAAGACAACUUGCCUCAGUUGGAAGAUGUGAGCGUAUUUCUAAAACGUAAAACCGGCUUUCAAUUGCGUCCCGUGGCGGGAUAUCUAUCGCCGAGGGAUUUCCUUUCCGGUUUAGCGUUCCGUGUUUUUCAUUGCACGCAGUACAUACGCCAUUCCUCCGACCCCUUUUAUACACCGGAACCUGACUGUUGUCAUGAGCUGCUCGGUCACAUGCCUCUUCUAGCCAAUCCAAGCUUUGCUCAGUUCUCUCAAGAACUCGGCCUUGCUUCUCUCGGUGCAUCCGAUGAAGAUAUUGAUAAAUUGGCGACGUUGUAUUUCUUCACCGUGGAGUUUGGGUUAUGUCGCCAGUUGGAUGGUACUUUCCGUGUGUACGGCGCUGGCUUGUUGUCAUCCGUUGCCGAACUGCAGCACGCUUUGGCUACCCCUGGCAAAAUAAAACGCUUCGAUCCCGAUGUUACUGUGAAUGAAGAGUGUAUUAUAACAUCGUAUCAAAAUGCAUAUUAUUAUACCGACUCAUUCGAGGAAGCUAAAGAAAAAAUGAGAGCCUUUGCUGAAAGCAUCCAACGUCCCUUCGGCGUUCGCUACAACCCAUACACGCAAAGCGUGGAAGUACUGAGCAAUGCGCAAAAGAUAACAGCUUUAGUGCGCGAACUGCGAGGUGAUAUCUGCAUUGUUUCUUCGGCGAUAAAAAAGAUCUCUGCACAGGAUUCUACACUUAAUGUAGAGACGAUCGCCAAUAUGUUGCAUACGGGACUUCAGGUCAACGAAAAAAGUCCGCAAAGCACAUCUGGAGGAAGUUCACCGAACUCUGAACAAGCUAAUUCUUUAAAAACUGAAUCAUUGAAAUAA